AUGGUCAAGGGACCUCUCGUUCGUAUAAAUCCUUCCAAUGGGAGUGUGAAAUCUCAGAACCUGGAUGUUAUCCUUGGUGUAGAUUGGUUGUCAUACCAUUAUAUUUUGUUAGAUAGUGGUCGUAAGAUUGUAAUUUUCCCUGACCCAGAGCUUUCUAAAUUUUUAGCCACACAGGACAUCAAGGUCGCUCUUAAGGAAGGAGAUAUGGAGAUUUUGUCCCUAGCUAGUGUGGGAGUUACUCAUGAUGCCAAGAUAGAGGAUGUGCUAGUGGUUAAAGACUUAUAUGAUGUGUUUUCGACGGAUGUAGCAGGACUACGUUCAGUGCGAGAGACUGAGUUUUCUAUUGACUUACACCCAGGUACUGGACUCAUCUCAAUUGCAUCCUAUCGGAUGUUGCCUUCCGAAUUACCUGAACUUAAAGAACAAUUGGAAGAAUUAAUGUCAAAACAAUUUAUUUGA